AUAACGUGUAGAUGGCAGUAAAGAGUUAGUGACGUUUAUUAUUGAUUGGAAUAAUCUUCAAUCGGCGAACGCCAUUUUGUGUGUAAAAGAUCAAAAUAAUAGAAACUUUUAAAAAGAAUCUGGGUUCAUCCGUCCCACUGUUAUAUAAAAGGAAUUAAUUUCUUGUUAUUUGUCGUGAACCCAUUUGGACGGACCAAGAAAUAAGGUUCGUUCACUGGGUCUGGUAGAUCUAAAUGGUUGCGUGCAGACAGCAUGUCUACUUUGCCAGGGCAGGCCUCCAAGGGGGAGAAAACCAAACCGAAGUUUCAAUCAUUGGAUAUAAAUAGUUUAUACAGAGUGAGCAGGGGUGAAAAUUUAGAAAAGCAACAACAAAAAAGUUCUUCAGUUUAUAUUAAACAUGGCAUGCAAAUACUUGGUAAAGUCCCAAAUGCACGUCGGGCACCAGCAAAUUUACCCUCUUUGAAAUCAGAAUAUAGUGGAACAGACGCAGCUGUACCAUUAGUACCGCCAGGAGCACCAGGAUGGGGAAAACAAGACUCGUCGAAUUCAGGGUCGUCUCCUUCACCCAACAACAAUCAGACAACUCAACCUCAAGAUUUGAAUGCAUCCCCACUGACUGUCCCCAAUCAACAAGGUGUACCACCACAACUAACUUCACAUCAGGCUGCGAUUGCCCUUCCCGUGACCAACAACAUACCCCCACAAACACACAAACAGUUGACCCCUACUGCACAGCCUGCGCCUACAGACAAACUAUGGAGUUCAGUUAUGAGCAGCCCAGAGGUUCACCCACCCUUAUAUCAGAGUGUUCAAUUCCAACACGAGUUCCCAAGCUUGUCCUCUGGAGAUGGAGGCCCCACACGCACUGGUUCAGAUGUUCCCCAGUAUCCUACGGGGCUCAGUCUGAGACCACAGACAGAAGGUUCGUGGACACAAGGUGGGCAAAGGACCUUGGGUCCGCAAGGCGCUACAGGUGGAGACGUAGCAGGUCAAGGAAGGACAGGCUCGGGCCACCUGGUUGCCCCACCACAGCUCUCGGCCCAGGCAGGCCACCAACCACAGCAGCAGCCAUUCCCGCCACAGAUUCGUGGUGUUAUGCCUUCAUUUAUGUACAAAGGUAGCAAUUUUCAACAAGCUCCUGGAAUUGGUAUUCAAAAUUCUACAAUGCCACCGUCUGUUAAUGGUCGAGGUGCAAGACCGACAGAUAAUCGGCCGCCUCGAUUGGCGGACAGAGAAACAGAAGAAAUAGCUUCUAGACCCAUAAUUAGAGAAGAGGAAUUGAGUCGAAUGGAUGAAAUUAGUAAAGACAUGGGCUGGGCAGAAUCAGACGAAAUUGAUUAUAAUCAAAAGUUGGCAUUCAGCGAUGACGAAAGCGAGAAAACGUCGAAACGGGAUACAAAAAGAUCGCAACCUAAGGAUACAAGAGCAGAUGAUCGAGAAAGUCACAAUGAUCAAAAUCGUCAAAGUGGUAAUUCAAGAUUGGGUCCUCAGAGAGGUAGAAAUUCCGAAGAAGAGGAUAUCUGGGUGCAGAGACGCACUCAACAAGAAAAAGAAGUCGAAAUUGCAGUACAGCGGGCAAAACAGCGAAAAGAAGAAGAGGAGAAACGUUUUAAUGAAGAAAGAAAAUUGGCUGCAGCCAAAAAACUCAUGGAACUGGAAGAAAAAAUUCAGAAACGCGAUAGAGACAACCAUGAAGGUGUGGGAACAAUAAAUCCUAAUUCUGUACCUCCCAAACCUAUUAAUCAUGUUGAUAUUCCUUUGCCAGAUUUCCAAAAAGAUAAAGAACGAGAUAUGCAUCGAGAGAAAGGUACUAGAUCUCGCACUCCUAUUGACUUGUCUGAAGAGAAAAGUCAACCUGCUAACCAGGGAAGUUCUUUCAGACAAUUAACCCAAAUAGAAGGUAAAAAUUUUCCCCCUAGAAAACAACAUACCAAACCCUCAGAAAGAGAUAACCGAGAUAAUCGGGAGCAAAAUGGACCUAAUUUCUCCAGACAGUUUCAAAAUGAUCUCCCACCAAGAUUUCUCAAACACCAGCGUAACAAUAGCAAUUCAAACCUACAAAAUCAGCAACAACAAUAUCAUCAACAAUCUUUCGAUAAUCGUUGGAAUUCCAAUUCUGGAACAAAACCAACAAAUCAAAAUACUUUGCACAAUCGAAACGUUAGACAGGACAGUCCGGAAUUAGAGAAAGAGGAUGUGGAAAGAAAAGAAUAUAAGAGACAAAGCUCUGAUGAUAGUUAUCGUAAUUCUCUUCAUUCUCAAGAUUUAGGGCAACGAGAAUCGCAAGAUUCUCGUUAUCAUUCUGACGCUCCAGAUAACAGACAUCAAGAUUAUGAAGUUCAGUAUUCAAGGAGAGACCAAGAACAAGAUAAAUGGCAAAAGGAAAAAGACGUACAAGACAAGAAGCUUGAAUCUGAACACUCUCAUCGUUUAAGCAAAGACGAUUGGAGUGGCAGAUCCGAAAAGGUCGAUAAGGGAUCAGAAAAGUAUGAAAUAGAUAGAGAUAGAGCUCAGAGAUUGGAAAAUCGUGACUCCCGAGAUUCUCGAUCGACGCGACACUCGAGAGAAACAGAUCAACGCGAUUACAAUAUGGGAUCAUGGUCGGAAUCCAUGUACGAAUCAAGUUAUGAAGACAAAAGAAAAGAUUAUGGAAGAGAAGAAAGACGUGCGGUACCCGGACCGAUUACUAAAGAUCGUAUUGAAGCUGACGACAUGUAUAACGAAAAACGUAAUCUGAUUCAAUUGAAACGUGGAGGAUUUAUAUUAGAAAUUAAAAAAGAACCACUUCCCAAGAAAGAUACCGAAUUUGUUAGCGCCUGGGCAGAUUCUAUACCGCCUGCUUUGGAAGAAGCUCAAGCCAAAUUAACUGAAGAUAAGAAGACUCCUGAACCUUCCAAAGUUGAAACUAAACAUCCAGAACAACAAUCCAAGAAAUCAGAAAAAGUUGAUGAUUACAAUCAAAAUAGAAACAGAUCGUAUGGACAGAAAAAAGGUUGGAAUAAUAGUGGAGAUGGUCAUCCGUCUAGAGGACCAGCUUGGCCUAGAAGACCUCCCAGUCGAGGGCAUAAAUCAGGAGGAAGAAAUCACGAUUAUCCCACGACGGAUUCUGAUGGAUCUUUAGAGGAUCAUUCAGGUAAAAAGGAUGAAACUAAAAUAGAUACUUCUAAAUCAGAACAAAUUGAUCAAAGAAGUCCAAAACCGAUGAGAAAGUCAGAAAGAGAUGAUAAGAAUCGUGAUAUCAAAUCACACAAUAAUGAUCCAAAGAGACAAGAUAAAUCUGAAAGAAAAGACAAUAAUUAUGUACCAAGAGGAGAACCGUCGCGACACGGAAGAGGCGGAGGUAAUUUCAGAAGCGGAAGAAUGGGAGGUUUAGGUAAAAGGAUCGAUGGUUACGGACCUCCUCCUACAAAAAGUCCAUUUGGUGGUCAUCAAGAUGAAAAAGAAAAAGAUAAGAAACACGAAGAAACCCCAUCAACUGAACACACUCCCCGAGUAGAGGACAAAAUCAAGCAGAACCAACAAGCGCUAGCUGCAGGUAUAAUCGGAAAAAGGAGCGAAUCGCGUAAUGAACCUUCUUCCGGAUCCGAAGAUAGACCUAGGGAUAAACCCAGAAAUAAAUCUGCUAACCGUAAAAAUAAACCUAAAUUAGACGAAAAACUUGAAACAAAUACAGACAUUUCCGAAGAUAAAAAUAGAGAUUCGCGUAAAUCUCAACAAAAAAGUCAAGGAAACAGACCUUCAUCAAAUUCUAAUCGUGCUAGAAAUAACCCACCGCGAAUGGGCGGCGAAAAGAGAUAUGAAGGAAAUCGCGAAAAUACGCGACAAAAUUCUAACAAUUCAUUAAAGAAAGAAGAAAAAUCAACAGAUCAUAACCCAUUAUCGAACGCCAACGCGGAUAUUUCUACUAAAAAUCGUGAGGAAUCCGAACAAGUCGACGAAAAAGAGAAGAGCUCUGUAAAUGGAGACGCAGAAGGUUUUCAAGAAGUUAAAAGUAAAAAAACCUUCAAAGAACGUCAAAAAUCCUUUGACGACAAAACCUCUAAACCUUCAAAACCUGAAAACGGAAAAGAAGUGAGAGUCGAACGCGAUAGAGAACGUGAUCGGAAAAAAAUUAGUCCGGCAACACAACAAUUGACACAACAACAAAUACAAAACAUUCCCUCUUUGAUGGCGACACCAGUUAAUCCACCACCCGUUUUGCCACAGCUUAAAAGUCAGUUUGAUCGACCGCGGCAACCGAAACUUCCGCCUCGAUUCGCUAAACAAAAAUUGCAAAAACAACAACAACAGCAACAGCAGCAUCAUGGUUUAGGGGACGUUAAUGAUAUGAAUAAGGUAAAUCAGAAUAUGAACGUUUAUGCAAUGAAAGAUACUACCAGUGUUCCACCAUCAGUACCAACCUGUGCAUGGGAUAAACCAUUAGUUUCCCAAUUAAGAACUGUCGAACAUGAUACCAUGUUGGGAGUUAAUAUAGAUGGAGUAAAAGGAUUGGAAUCUACACAUUCACCGACGCAAGGAGUCAGUCCUGGUGGAGAAAAGGUUAUCGGUAAAACUGGUCAAAUACAAGAAAAAACUCUUUUGGAUGGUGCAACGCCACCUGUGAAUACUAUCAUAUUUGAAAAUACAAAUUUCAAAUCUGCCCCCGGUUCAAGACAAGUCCGUAAUGAUAAACCUAGAUCUAAAUUGGAAGAAGGGGCCAAUAUAGAUCCUUCAGUAAUGAACAGUUUCAACAAACCCAACAUGAACGAACUACUCCAAACCAAAACAGAAAAAUCUGAAGCUAUACAAUUACCUCCGUACAAAGAAGAAAUAGCCGAUAUGAAAUUGGAUUUCUUCAGUGCAGAUUAUCAAUUUGCUGAUGAUAAAUCGACGAAAAAUUUCGUUACAAAAUCCAUCCAUGCCAUAACUAGUGGUAAUAAUACUGUAGACAGUUUGGAUAUUAAGAUAGCUUCAGUGAAAAAAGUAUGGGAGACUUCAGAGCAAGAGGGUGAAGAUAAUACUCAGAUGAGUUUCGGCGGACCGACUCUGGAUUCCAAUGUUUUUAAUCAAGGCAAAGAUACCCCUGAUGACAACCAUGAAGGUUACAGUCCCUCGCCUAAUCAAAGCGCAGCGACUACGAAUGUAUGUAAGGUAAAACCCACACAACAAGUAUCUGGAAGUGGACAAACAGUUCUAAGUUCCAGUCACCAACCCCAUUCUGGAAUUGUAGCUCCGAGUUUAAUGGGCAAUCCCCUUUCUCCUCCACCACUGCAACCAGUUUUAGGUGCAGGCGUUGGCAUUGGGCCUCAAUAUACAGCCAAUCAACAUAUUGGUUACCAGGCCGGUCUUUCAGGAAGUACGCAAUAUGGCAUUUCUGCAAUUCCUUCCCCUCCCACGGUACCUCUCGUUUACAACACAUCCACGCAACAGAUCCAAGCUGCUGCUGCUCAAACUGGGCUGUAUGGAGCGUUUCAAUUAGACCAGCUCGGUGGUCAGGGCCGUUCCCAAUUUUCUCAAUAUCCCAAUUAUCACAGCCUUGGUCAAACUGCUAACAGUCCAUAUUCGACACAGAGCGUUUAUUUGCCCACCGCUGCACCUCCUCCACAUCCCCCACCGCCCACCGCGCCAGGACCGCCGGAACUUUACCAGAAUAUGAGUAAUUACAGGUUGAGUGCCACCGCAGCUUUUGGACAGACUCAACCAAUAAACAAUCCGACAACUGUGUUGAUUAGUUCAACUAGCAAUACUUUAAUGUCGGCUUCAGUCAAACCCAGUAGUCAACCCAUCAGUGCUAUCGGAACUAAAACUGGAGGAGUAGGUCAAGCGUAUCAACAACAAUCUCAACAGAGUCAACAAGUUUUUAUGGCUUACGACCCUUCGAUACAGGCCAAUUAUUUGGCAUCUAGUGCUGGUGUAAUGCAGCGAACACCUGUUCCUCCGGCCCAAAACAAUGUUGUACCCGGUUUACAACCAUCUUCGUCGUACUAUUCCGGAUCGACAGGCGGUCAAACGGGAUAUUUUCAACAACCUGGUAGCUCAACUAUGAACUCCGCACAGUUACAGCAACAUCAAACGGGAUACGGUCUCCAAGGCAACGUAUUCGGUACGCAUAACCAAUCACACACAAAUACAGGAAUGCAGAAUUAUAAUUCCCAUUUCUUGACUACGCCUAUGCAAGUUGCUGCAGCGCUGUCUGCCCAACAAUUCAGAUCAAGCCUACCGGCGGCGUACAUGAAGGGGAUGGGAAAUCAGGGACUGGGAGACCAAGCGACAAGGCCUCAGCAACUGAAAAGUCCCAGUAGCCAGGAGGUUUUGUCUUCAGUUUUUAAUACAGGUCCUCAGAUUCCAUCUCCAAAAUCGAGACAGAAUAGUAAACAUCCCCCUCCACAAUCCAGUCCCACUGCACAACACAAAUACAAUUUAUAUCAACAGGUUGGAGGACAGCAAAAUCCAAAUUUGCAGAGGUAUCCAACACCUAUUCAAAGACCCGUCAAUUUCCAACAAAUACAACAAAAUAAUUCCGUGAAUCAGAAACACAGGAAUAAUUCCAACAAAACAAUUAACCGACAGUAUUAUGGAAAUCAAAAUCAAACUGAAAAGUCUGAUGAAGUGAAAAUAACGGAAAACGUAACUUUAAACAACAAUUCAACAGGUAGCGGCAAAUCUUUGGGCACAAACAACGGUAAUUCUGUGACAGUAACAACUGAAAAAGUUAAGGAUACCAUCAAAGAAGAAUCUGCUGUGUUGAAAGACUAAAUAUAUAUAUAUAUAUAUAUAUAUAUAUAUAUAUAUAUAUAUAUAUAUAAUUUUAAAUUUUAAAUAAGUUAUUCUAAGUACUAAAAACACAUUAUAUUUUGAUUUUUACAGUUUUAGGUCAGUCACUAGCACCUGUUGAAAUAAGAACUUUUUAUGAUUUAAUUUGUAGAAAAUAAAAUUGUAUUUACCAAAAUAAAAUUGUUUCAAUUUGUAGUGAAGGUAAUAUUUUGUUUAUAAUAUAAAAAUAUUCAAGAUUUUGACAUACUUCAAACUAUCUUUAGUAACUACCCUUUUUUCCUUUCGAAGAGUGUAAAAAACAUUCGGAACCGUAAAUAUCGAAAACUAUACAAAACAACAUAUAACAAAUGUAAUAAAGGAAACUUCAAUCUAGUAGCAGGUCACUAUUGAUUGAGACGGAUCAAAAUCCCAAUAUUUUUAACUAGAAUUUUGCUCUAGUGACUGGCCUACAGUUAAACAAAUUUUGUGUGGAAAUGAAUCUUCAUUCGUAUAUUGUAUAAGUUGAUGUAACUAAUUUAUUUCAAUCUGAAUUUAUUUCGGUGCUGUUUAUAAAAUUUUUGAAAUUAAUAUAAAAAGUAAAAAAACGUUCUUAUCAUUAUGAAUAUUAAAAAAGUUGGUAGUACCAUAUCGAGAUGAACUCUCUGAAAGAAAAAAUGUGAUACAGAUUAAAUUAAAUUCGUUUAAUAUUUUUUUUAUUAUAUAUUAUUUAAAAUUACUGUUGAAACAAAUCUGUUCGAAGGACUAAAAACAGUGUUCUGAUCUACUGGCUACAAUGAUGUAGUUUUGUUUACAAAUUGAAGAAUAGAGAUAAAACUCAAAAAAAUACCUGUGAUAGUUCAUUUAACCCUUAUAUUAGGAACGAACCUUACCGACGUCUUUUAACAACCGGGGUACCCACAGAUCUAAAUAUUAAAAAUUUUGUUUAUUGUUUUAUAAAAAACUCGAAACAUUUUUUUUCUUGAAAUAUGAAUAGUUGGUGACAAUUAAUUCAAAUUAAUUUCAGAUGUACAAGCCAACCGCAAACUUGACAAUUGAUGAACAGCACUAACCAUACCGUGGCCGUUGUGGAUUCACUAUAUAUACAAUAUAUACCAUCACAACCACCUAAGUAUGGUAUAAAAAUCUGGUGUAUUUGUGAUGCGAAAAACGCAUGUCCUUUGCAAGUGAUUAUGUACACUGGUAAAACAGAUGGUACUCGGAAAAAAAUCAGGGUGAAAGUGUAGUGAACUACUCUACCCGUUGCUAAACAUUUGUUAUCGUGGAAUCAAACCACUAAAUCCCUAGUGUUAUGAGAGCAAAUAAGGCAUGGGAUGUUCCCAAAAAAAUGAUGAUGGCGCUAAACGAAAACCAAAAGUUAUAAAUUUAUAUAAUAGAUAUAAAGCUGGCGUUCACAAAAUGGGCCAAAUAGUGCAGAUUUCUUCACUUGUAUCAUAUCCUGGUGAGAUGCUAGCGCGGCAGUGUCAUCUGCAUAUGUUGUUGUGUGUGGGAAUAUCAACUAUGUACAUAAGAUAGAGGAUCGGGCAAUUGCACUUCUCUGUGGAACUCCUGACAUAAUUGGUGUAGUGUAGAGUGGUGAUAUAAUCUUGGAUUUUUUUGACUUGAAAGUGUCUGUUCUGCAAGUAGGAUUUGGAAAAGGUUGUGCGGGAAGUUUUUCCUGAUUUUGUAUAAUGGUCCAUCGUGCCAGACCUUGUCGAAUGCCUGGUCGAUAUCCAAAAAUACAGCCGAACAGUAUUCUUUAUCUUCAAAAGAUACACUUUUUGUGGUUCAAUGAACUUGUCCCUUGGGGGCAUGUUGCUCUUUAAAUCCAAAUUGGUGGUUAGGUGUUAGUCCGUUGGCUUUUAGAAUCGGUUCUAUUUUCUCAAUCGGUAGUAUUCAAGAAGUUUUGACAUAACUGAUAAUAGGCUUAUUGGUCUGUAAGAUGUAGUGUUUUCAAAAGUGAAUGAAUGCUAGAUACACGUCGUGAUUAAAAAAAAUAGACGAAGUACUACCAUGUAAUGAACACUUGUUAAUAAAUGUUUAAUAAAAAUCAUUUCGUUUGAAUUAACUAAACAAAAAACAAUCAAUACUAAUAAAAAAUACACAUGUCAAAAACUAACAAUUUACAUAAAUCAAAAAUGACUUAACCAGUGAACAUUGAACAUAUUCGGGAUCACUACCGCCACCGGUAGGUAGCAGUAGCUCUGAAUAUGACACUAUUUGCCAUUUUCCAAAAGAGAGUUCUAGUUUGAUAUCGUACUACAUACAGAAUCGUUGCAAAUAACGUGUAAUCUAAUAAAUUAGUAUUAAUUAUAUGUAUGGUUGAUAAUACUGCCGAAUUAUGCUUAGGAUCAUGGCGGGUACACUUAAUUGACUAAAGUCGAAUCAUUCAGCACGGUAAUUAGGGUAGCAGUCAGUAAAUGGCUAUUAAGCUUAAGAAAUUGUAUGUACUUGUCAGUCUCGCCCAAGUAAUUUGAUUGAACGAAGAAUAAAAAUAUGAAAAUGUUGUGUUAACUUCCAAAACGGACUAUUCGGUAGUUUAAAUAAUGUAGUAGUUAAUCACUCGGUACGCGUAAGGGGCCAUCCAUAUAUUACGUCACACGUUAAGGGGAGGGUGGGUAACACCGAAAUGUGAUGACGUGUGACAAGGGUCAAAAGUUUUGUGACGUGUUAUGUUAAAAUUAAAACGCGAAAUUUAGAUAUGUGAAUAAGAAACUAUAAAAAUCGUUUCUUUGGUUAUCUGAAAUAUUGGACUUUAUGUUGAUUCUAUUAGAUUAUUUAACCCUAGAUAACGGGACUUAUUUGGAAAAACGUCAUAAAGGAAUUAUCGUAAAUUUUAUGACGGUAGUAUAAACCCGCAUUUUACGAAAAAUAUUUCUAGAAAAACUAUUAAAAAGCGGUAGGAUCUCUUUAUUAGAAAAUGAAAAAACAAAAUAUAAAUGAAAAAUUCAAAUUCCCAUUCAUCAACGCUGCAUUUUUUGCAAAUGUCUCCGUGAUGCUCUCCGCCGAUCGGAUGUUGGUCUUUUUUGACUUGGGCAAUAGAAACACGUUUUGCGCUUGUAUUCCUGAUGAAUUUUAUUUCUUGAAUCAUUUCUUGGCGGAAAUUUGAAAGUUGGGGUCACUAAUCUUCUCCUCAUCCAUGGUCCAGCAAGGCGACGACUCAAAUGUACUGGUAUCGCGAAAAGGCUUUCUCUCCCUUUUUUAAAGUAUUAUUCGAAUAAAUCACAAAGGAGUUGAUGCUGACCAUAUUGAUCAUACCAUAUAGCACACACAGGAGCCAUCUUCUAGUUUUUCUGCUGCAGCUCAUGUUAGUGCACAAUUGGUCGAAUGUAUCGACCUCACGUUUAGUGUUAUUCUGAACAAUCGCAGGUUUUCCUGUUUCUUCCGAAAUUUCACCUCCCUGAUGCAUUAUGGACAAUAGCAGUACAACUUUCUGCUUUCUAGGCACUUCUCCUGUCUUAUAGUCAGCAGUUCUGGUGGUAUUUCCCUUUUAUUUUUCCUGAACGUUCCAAUUAUUAUUAGUUUAUAUAGAUCUUGGAGUAGUUCAUCAGCCAAACUAUUGAAUUAAACCAAUUAUGCAUGGUAACAUUCUUACUACUUCCAUGGAUGGAUUUUGUAAGCUCCUUCACAAAAUAAUUAGCAAGUGAUAUGUACAUGCGAAUGGGCAUCAUCAUCCACGAAAUUCCAUGAGUUAUUCGUCAAUGGUCAGGUAAGAUGAGGGUGUAUAUGAUGACCUGCAAGUUUCAAUUAAAAUUUUCCAUAUCUCACGAACAGGUGCAAAAGGAUCAUUCAUUUUCCUUUCCUGCCUUGUUUCUCUUGAAUCAAACCUCAAACAAUUCAGCAAAAACACAUCUAUCGGAAUUCAUGCAGGAUCUGUAAAGGGAAUUGGCAGAUAAAUGGUUGUUACCAGUGAAAUUUUGCUUUUCCGUUAAUAUUUCCUCAUUUGUGUGAAGUAAUAUAUUAAGAAUCCGUUCAGAAAAGAUAUGUAAAAAAUUUUGUUCCAGUACCACUUAUUGCGCUUUUCUGACCCGAUUCAAAAUGGUUAAGGUUUCACGAAGCAGUUCUCCUUGUUCUAUUGGGCUGUCUGAGAUGUUUUUUUCAUCACGGACCAAUGAACCUAUUCCAUCAAAACGAAUAUCGAAGUCUCUUGUAUGCAAGAGGGAUAUUUUAGUCUUUUUUCUUUUUUUAUGUUGUGGUUGACGUCUACUUUUAGCUAGUACUUAGAGUAAAGGUAAGGAGAUCCAUUACAUUUUUCUAUUUUGUCAACAGUUGAUACUCCAACCAACUGUUUGUGAUAGCCAAAAUGGCAAAUAACGUCAAAGUUAAUGUUUUUGAAUGUAUAAAUAUACAAUAUAUUUAAAGAAAGAAAUCUGUCUUGUCCACACCACCCAUUGUAGAGUUUUAUAACUUCCGGUCUAUCGACAGAGGUAAUUUUUUUUCGGAUUUACACAAUCUUGUAGCUGUAUCAAUAUCACCCUUGCCGUCUACUACAUUAUUGUCUUUCCAUUGGGUUAUCACAAUAUCUUUAUUGACAGUUACAAUUUCUUGGAUAGCUCCUCUAUUUGUUUUUGUACUGGGGAAAAAAUUAUCCGCAUAUAGCAAAUAGUUCAUAUUUGAAGAUCUAUUCCAGAUGUUACUCCAUCAAUUUGACACUGUUCAUGAAUAGAUGUUUUUCCUUAGUAGGCAUACAAUCAUUUAUGUUCCAUUUAGUGAUAGUUCCUUUAUAAGAUAUAAUCUCAUCUUUGCAUAUUUUUUUGUACCUUCAAAGCCGUGCUACGAUCACGAACUAUAUCAAAGGGUGGACGUACCUUCCGCAAUAUAUCAUUAGGUUUCUCGGUUACUAAACUCAUGACAUACUGUUAUAUAUUGAUGAGGAAAUUCCAGUAAAGACGCAACCUAGGAAACUUUAAUAUUCCAAUAAGAAAAUGCAUAUCAAACAGAUAACAGUGCUGUUGCCGUUUUAUUUCACGGAAAAUAGAUUUGUAGUUUCUGUCAUUAGUUCAAAAAUGUCAUCCAAUAUAUACUCGAAAAGUAAAUAUGGAUCCGGUAAGUCAAUAGUUUCAUCUACUUAGUUUAUCAUAUCUUGUGCUUCAAUAGGUGAAAUCAGUUGCUUUCCAUUCAUAGAUAAUGACUUUCUUUAUCGGCCUCUUUAAUUGUUUAUCAUCUCUCUUCUUAUUUUGCUUCCCAUAACUUCGAAAUGUAAAUCUGCUUGUAUGUCACACUCUUCAUCUACUUCUCAAUUAUGUUCUUCUGUAUUGUGAUCUUCCAUAUCGUCUUGAUUUUCACGUUGUCUAGUGUAACGUUUUCAUAUAAUCCUUGUCGAUCAAAGGCCAGUGUUUUUUUUUUAAUUUGACGGUCCUAAAAAUGGAAUUUUUUAA